AUGGGGAACAUAACUUGUGUUCCUCAGGCACCCGGGAGGCUCAGAGGCUCUUUCAGAAGGAAGCCUUCGCUGAAGAAAGAACAAAAUGGCAAGAAAAAACUGCCCAGCUUUUUUGGUAUAGAAGGCGGGCGGGAGAGAGAUACGACCACAGACAAAAUCCUGCAGUAUAUUCCAGGAAAGAAUAUUCAGAACCAGGAAAACCAGAAAGAAAACUUGGACCAGAGGUUCCCCAGCCUGUUCAAGAAGGGACGAAGGAAAACGAUUGUCAGGAAUCUGGGGAAAAUGAUCUAUUACUCCAAGGUCAAGUUUAAGUUCCAGCACUGCCAGGAGGUGAAUGACUGCUUCUUGGAGCUGUUCCAGUCUUACCUGUACUUCCAGUCUAUGGGCUCCAAUGGACUCACCUACCAGGGACUGCUGCCUUUGAAAGAGCUGAAUGUGUGUGAAAUUGAGACUGGGAAGAGCACUGGGCAGGAGGAUCACGCUUUCCGCAUUGCAGGUCCUCUGCUGAAUCCCCUUAUCGUGUUCUGCCCUACUGAGUCAGAGCUGAAGCAGUGGCUUUAUCACCUGGAGAAACAGAUCCAGCUGAACGGCGGAAGCCUUGGCUUGCCCUUCCUCUCUCAGAACGACUGGAAGCAGAGCUCCAUGGGGAAGGAGGAGCUGCGGUGGUCCGUGCAGAACAUGCCUGUCCAGGAGUGGAGAGGGACCCAGCGGGAAUCCCUAGGCGAUGUCCUCUGUGUUUCCAAAGUGAAGCUGCAGCAUCUGCCUUUCCAGGAGCAGCAUGACCGGCUGUUGGUGCUUUACCCGUCCACACUGGUGAUAGUAUCUGAAGAGCGCAACAGUCUCUGUUUUAAGGGCGAGCUGCCACUCAACGCCAUCCAAGUGCUUUUUGAAGAGAACGAGAAAACCUCCUUUUUAAUAGAAGGCCGACUAAUCAAUUCGAUCCGGGUGAUCUGCCGCAGCUAUGACGAUUACCAGGAGUGGCUCUACUGUCUCAAAACAGCGCAGUUUCGAAACGCCGACUCCUCCCUCUCCGGAUCAGAGAGUUUCUCGGGAUCAAAGCUGCCACACCCCGGCCAGUUUGCCGGCAGCGGGAGAGGAUCGCUCACUUCUGAUUGCCGUACAAACUCCUGGGCGUCGGGAGGGAGAGUGGCCACCUUAACACACCUCUCCCAGAACAGCGGCUCUCUUCCUGAUGGACAGUCCUUCUCGCUGAUGCCUGAGAGCAGGGUGCUCGAAGACCCCGUCUCCCCUGGCUAUUCCCAGCCUCUCCAUUGCCUGGCACAGGCCAGCUGGCCAAGCACAGGGCUGGCCACACAGGACCUGCGGAGGGGGGGCAGCGCCAGAAAGUCCAAGGGCAAAUGUGGGCCUUGUGGCCAGCAGCUGCCCAGCCAGGACACGGAGAGGACCAUCUGCAGCCUUAUUCCUGAAAACCCCAACGGCGAGCUUCUGUCCUCGGUGUACAACGAGCCGUACUCCACGCACAGCUCGCAGCAUCACCCUGCAGCUCGCCCACCACACCUGGACCUGAGCAAUUUCCUGCAGUGUCACGGACAGACAGGUUCAGCACAGGCAGACGGAUGCCCAGCCCUCCCGGUACCCCAGCAUCUCUCUCUGCAGAAGAGGAGCUGCCAGCCCCUGCCCAGCAGUCACUGCAGAGAGGUGCCUGCGGCUCCGAGUUACAGCAUGCCCGGCACCUCAUGCCGUCUCCAGCUGCGGCCUCCGGCUGAUGCUUCUUAUCUUGAAGAGGUCUCUUCUCUUCGAGAGGAAUGUCUGGGCCCUUCAUUGCAGCCACCAGAUGGGAAUUUCGGCACUUACGACCUGCCAGAGGCCAGCGGCUCACACCGCGACUCCGCAGCCUACCAUGACUAUGCCGAGCUCCAGAGCUUCCAGAGCGACUUCAGCUAUGACAACCUGUGGGAAGCCGAGGAGAAGGAGCUGGGCACCCCGCACGCCUCCCCAGGACCCAGCCAGCAGUUUUACCAGGCCUGA